AUGCUCAGGAGUCGAAUUAACCUGGAAAGGACAUAUGCACAAGAGCUCAACAGGAUGGCAAGACACUCGCACCUCGGUGGGAGGGAGCACGGCACGAUGAAAACCGCGAUGGCAAGUCUCCGAUCACAGUACCUCAACACAAGUGUGCAACACCAGCAACUCGCCAAGAAUCUGGAAGAAGAUGUACUGCAACCCAUCGAGAUUUUGUACGAGUGCAACACUGAAAAAGCGCAAAACCUAACACGUCGAGUCAAUAAUGCCAAGAAGGACGUCAAGGCCCAAGAAGAUGCGUAUAGGAAAGACUACCGUGCCUUUGAUAAGAACUUUCGUGAGGCUUCUGCUGCGUUUUCAGCUGCGAUGAACUCUGGGUUUUCCAGUACACUUCUGGAGGAUCAGUAUCAUCGACGUAUUUCGCAGUUGGAAGACACGGAUAGUCCAGUGAAGACGAAAUUCUCAACUACACUGUCAACGCGGACAGAAAGAGCAUCAGGAACCGCAGCGUUGAAAUCGAUCCACAAUCGGAAACUCGUGAGCUGGUUGCUCCCAUCAUCGGAUAGUCAUCGAAAAGAAGAAAUGGCGAACAAUACGGUCAAGCAAAUGGCGGCUGCAGAGAGAUCAAGGAUGAAAUGUCAGCUAACGUGGCAAGAAGUGGAAGUGAAUCGAAUCCGAAUGUAUCGAACCGUCCAAGACGUGUUAGCAGAAUAUCAGCAAAUCGCGGAGGAUCGUAUCUUGAACAUCACUACAAAUCUCCGGAAGCAUGUCGUGUUUGCAUCCUCAGCUCUUGCAAACGAACAGUAUGACUGGCAGGCCAUUGCCCCCAAGUUGGAAGAUGUCGAUGUGAAGAGCGAUAUUCGAGACUUCAUUCGCUUCACACGUGGACACAAAGGUCGUAUCCGCUUGACAAGUUUGACUGUCAAUGAUCUGUGCAACAACACGACGCAUUUCCUGAUAGCGUCACCGUCCUCGAAGCCCUGUCGCCCACUGCGCAAAACUUGCCUCGAGAUCCGUGAUAUCUCGUCCAAGAAGGUUCCGUUCGACUACGAUGGCAACCAAGAGCUUCUCUGUAAAAGUUCUCUCGCUUGCAAAUCGAUUGCAGUGCAUCAUCUACGGACAACGAUUCGUCAGUAG